AUGGCCACGGGAGCAGCGCGAACAGCUGUGCUGCUCCCGCACCGCGUCGGGAGCUGCCAGGCGGGCUCGUUACUGGCUUCUCUCUCCGGCCUGCGCAAGACUGCGACAACAAACUCAGCCCUACAACAUCCUCUCAUGUUACAUUUCAGGAGCUUCAGUUCCAAAUCUACUAAGAAAUUCGCCGCGUCAUCUCCUGUCCGCGGUGCUGCUCCAAGCCCUCGGUCAGCACUGUCUACCCAGAGUCCUCAAAUCCCCCAGCCGAUUGCUAUUUUGCGUUAUUUCUCGGCCGGAUUUCGGACGCAGCGAGACUCUCGAUCAACCACGCAACAAUCCCAGACGACUCCCGAGGAGGAAAAGAACGCGAAGCGAGCUCAGCUGGAAGCCCAAGAUGCCGAACAACAUGACGACUUCCAAAAGAGCGAGAGGGCGGCAAAGGCAGCCCAGGUCAACCUGAGUGCUAAGCUGUCAAAGGAAGGAAGGACGCAAGGCAAGUCUGGCUUCGAAGAGAUAUGGCGACUCAUCAAAAUUGCACGUCCAGAGCUCAGAUGGCUGGGGCUCGCCAUGAUCUUUCUGGUCGUCUCGUCUAGCGUUACCAUGUCCAUUCCUUUUUCUGUUGGCAGAAUCCUUGAUAUAGCAACAAAGGAUCCCUCGGAAGAUGCCCGCUUGUUUGGCCUGACCAUGCCGCAGUUCUUUGUUGCUCUGGGUGUCAUUCUUACGGUUGGAGCUAUUGCUAACUUCGGCCGAGUCAUCCUGCUCCGAAUUGUUGGUGAAAGGGUUGUUGCUCGUCUCCGGUCGCAGUUAUACAGGAGAACAUACGUUCAAGAUGCCGAAUUUUUCGAUGCAAAUCGGGUCGGUGAUCUCAUCUCUCGUCUAAGUUCUGACACUGUCAUUGUUGGCAAGUCUAUUACUCAAAACAUCAGCGACGGCCUGAGAGCUCUGUUCAGUGGGGGAGCUGGCUUUGUGGUCAUGGUUUGGCUUAGCCCACAGCUUACUGGUCUGCUGCUCAUUAUGCUGCCACCAGUUGCUGUUGGUGCCUUCUUUUACGGCCGUGCGAUUAGGAACGUGAGCAAAGGAAUCCAGAAGAACUUGGGUACACUGACCAAGAUUGCCGAGGAGCGUCUGGGCAACGUCAAGACCAGUCAGGCAUUCGUUGGCGAAGUCCAAGAAGUCAGACGCUAUAACCACCAAGUAAAGAAGAUUUUUGCCUUAGGGCGUAAAGAGUCUACAAUUGCCGCAACCUUCUUCGCCUCAACGGGCUGGGCUGGCAACAUGACCAUUCUUGCCAUGCUCAUUGUUGGUGGCAACUUUGUGCGCAACGGGUCCAUGACGCUUGGAGACCUGACGUCUUUCAUGAUGUAUACGGCUUUUGCGGGAUCUAGCUUAUUCGGCCUUUCAUCGUUCUAUUCAGAACUAAUGAAAGGCGUCGGCGCUGCUAGCCGUCUUUUCGAGCUACAGGAUAGGAAACCAGGCAUAUCACAGACCGUUGGACUCAAGGUGCAAUCGGCGCAGGGUCCAAUUCGUUUCUCGAACGUGUCAUUCGCGUACCCCACGCGUCCGGCCGUCAAGAUCUUUAAUGAUAUCAACUUCGAGAUACCAUCCGGCAGUAACGUCUGCGUCGUGGGACCGUCUGGUGGCGGCAAAUCAACCGUUGCAGGCCUAUUGUUGCGCUUCUACAACCCUACCUCUGGUUCUAUUACCAUCAACGGAAUAGACAUUUCCAAGAUGAAUAUUAAGUCAUUACGACGUCGUAUCGGUAUGGUUGCUCAAGAGCCUGUUUUGUUCUCCGGUACCAUUGCCGAGAACAUCUCAUACGGCAAGCCGAACGCCAGCCGAGCGGAGAUCAUUGCGGCCGCGCGAAAGGCUAAUUGCAAUUUUAUCAGCGACCUUCCUGCCGGCCUAGAUACUCAAGUCGGUGCUCGUGGCUCUCAGCUGUCUGGUGGCCAGAAACAACGCAUUGCCAUUGCCCGUGCGUUAAUCAAAGAUCCUGAUAUUCUCAUUUUGGACGAGGCGACAUCAGCACUGGAUGCCGAGUCAGAGACGCUUGUCAAUGCAGCUCUAGCCUCACUUCUCAAGGGCAAGAAUACCACCAUCUCGAUUGCGCAUAGACUAUCGACUAUUAAACGAUCCGACUUGAUAAUUGUACUGUCCAACGACGGCAGAGUUGCUGAAAUCGGGAAAUAUUCAGAGCUUUCAGCUGAUAAAGGGAGCGCCUUUAGCAAACUCAUGGAAUGGCAGAUGAGUGGCGGUGAUAUCCCCGAAUCUCGUAGUGGCGACAGGGGCCAUAUCACCGAAGAGGAAGAAAUUGAGUCCGAUCUUGAUCUGGAAGAAGCCGAGGAAACCAGCGUUGCAACUGAAAACCAGCAACAGGAGAAGACUGCUGAGGAGCUGCGAAGGUAA